AGAUGACAAGAAUCAUUUAUUGACAGUGUUGUUUACCUUCAGGUGCAUAUGAGUCCAUGGAAAUGCGCAACCUGACAAGACUUCCUGAAUUCAUCCUCUUAGGACUCUCCUCUCGCCCUGAGGACCAGAAGCCACUCUUUGCCCUCUUUCUUAUCAUGUACCUGGUCACCUUGCUGGGAAAUCUGCUCAUCAUCUUGGUUAUCCGCUCUGAUUCGCAACUCCAAAACCCCAUGUAUUUCUUCCUGAGCAUCUUGUCCUUUGCUGAUAUUUGCUACACGACAGUCAUAGUCCCCAAGAUGUUAGUGAACUUCCUAUCAGACACAAAGACCAUUUUCUACGCUGAAUGUCUGGCACAGAUGUAUUUCUUCCUGGUCUUUGGAAACAUGGAUAGUUAUCUCCUGGCAGCUAUGGCCAUUGACCGCUAUGUGGCCAUUUGUAACCCUUUCCACUACGUCACUGUUAUGAACCACAAACGCUGUAUGUUGCUAGUGAUCUUUUCCAUAGUUUUCUCCUGCCUCCACUCUCUCCUACACGUUCUCAUGGUGAAUCGACUCACCUUUUGUGCAUCAAAUGUUAUCCAUCACUUCUUUUGUGAUGUCAACCCUGUUCUGAAACUGGCCUGCUCUUCUACCUCUGUCAAUGAAGUCGUAGCCAUGACAGAAGGGCUGGCUUCUGUGAUGGCCCCAUUUGCCUGCAUCGUCAUUUCUUACCUAAGGAUCUUCAUUGCUGUCCUUAAUAUUCCCUCAGCUGCUGGAAAGCACAAAGCCUUCUCCACCUGCAGCUCCCAUCUCACUGUGGUGACUCUGUUUUAUGGGAGUAUUAGCUAUGUCUAUUUCCAGCCAUUGUCAAAGUAUACUGUCAAGGACCGAAUAGCAACAAUCAUAUACACUGUAUUGACAUCAAUGUUGAACCCAUUUAUCUACAGUUUAAGAAACAAAGACAUGAAACGGGGCUUAGAGAAACUGAUAAGCAAGAUUAAGUCUGAAAUGGACAGGCUUUCUACUACAACAAUCAACAAAAUUCAUGGACCCUAAUUGCAAGGGGUGUGUGUGUGUGUGUAUGUGUGUGUGAAC